AUGGCCAGUGUCCAAAUGCCUGCUGCCGUUGCGCAGCACCCGCAAAUGGUGAUGGCUGCCAACAUGAGCGGCCAACAACUUCAAGAAGUCUAUGCGCGCUACCAGCAGCUAAAGAAGCAGGGCGUCCCUCAAAACGAUCCCGAGUUUAUGAAGCUUCAUAACAUCAUCCUGGCCGUAUCCCGCAGACAGCAGCAACAGCAGCAACAACAGCAGAUGCAACGGCAGCAGCAGCAACAACAACAACAACAACAACAACAACAGAUGGCAAGCGGUGCUGUUAACGGAGGGCAGCCUGGCCGUGGCCCCGGACCCCAACAGACGGACGGUGUCUCUGGAGGUCAGGUUCCUAAGACGCCUGCCGCUAAGCCUGUAGGUAUGCCAACCGGCCAGCCGCAAGGAAGUGUUCCCUAUACCAAGGCUCAGAUUCAGCUCCUCAAGGAUCAGAUAAAGGCUUUCCAGGCGCUAAGUCGGAAUCAGGGUGUACCGGCUGCCCUCCAAAAGCAACUUUACGAAUUCAGAGCUCGGCGUAACUCCGCCCAGGUUGCGCAAACGGCUUCCAACGCGUCCGCUUCUCAGACUAACUCGAGUACACCAACCCAAGAGGCCCCUAAGACCGGCGGUCCCAAUGGUCAGGAGGAGGAUGAUUCAACACCAAAGGCGCGCGAGCUCAAGACGGUCAAGUUGCCACUAGAAGCUGGCCUGGUUAAGAACAGCAUCAACUAUCUCGAGCAUGGGCGCCGGAAGAAUCGCCUCAUCAUCCCUGGCAUUUUCCCUACGGGUGUCGAUUUCGAGCAGCUGAGGGCGGACCGUGAGAAGAUCGUGUUCAAUCGCAUGAGCGCUCGUUAUGCCGAGCUCAAGAGCCUCCCGGGUAACCUUGCGCAUUGGGACACGAGCAAAGAUGAGGUCGUCGCCGAUGACACGGCUAAGCGCAAGGCCAUUAUCGAAAUGAAGAAGUUGGCAUUGUACUCCAAGCAGCGAGCACUGAGGGAUAGGGUCGGGAAACAGAUGCUCCACUACGACAACCUUGCGAUGACGACAAACAGGACAAUGUACCGCCGCAUGAAGAAGCAGAGUGUUAGAGAGGCUCGUGUUACCGAGAAGCUUGAGAAGCAGCAGCGUGACGCGCGCGAGAACAGGGAACGCAAGAAGCACGUCGAGUUUCUGCAAGCGGUCCAAAACCACAAGGUGGAGAUACAAAAUGUCGCCUCGAUCCAGCGUAACAAGCUGCAAAAGAUGGGUCGUCUCAUGUAUGCGCACCACUUCAACAUCGAAAAGGAGGAGCAGAAGAGGGUGGAAAGGACAGCCAAGCAGCGUCUGCAGGCCCUCAAGGCCAACGACGAAGAAGCUUACCUCAAGCUGCUCGACCAGGCCAAGGAUACCCGUAUUACUCACCUUCUCCGCCAGACCGACGGGUUCCUUCACCAGCUCGCCUCGUCAGUUCGUGCGCAGCAGCGCGAGGCCGCCGAGCGUUAUGGCGACGACGUGCAGGGCAUCCCAGAAGAGGAAAGCGAUGUUGACGAGGACGAGGAAAGUAACCGGAAGAUCGACUACUAUGCCGUUGCGCACAGAAUCAAGGAAGAGGUCACGGAACAGGCCAGCAUUCUGGUCGGUGGCCAGCUCAAGGAAUACCAAAUCAAGGGUCUGCAAUGGAUGUUGUCGCUCUACAACAACAACCUCAACGGUAUCCUGGCCGACGAAAUGGGUCUCGGAAAAACCAUUCAGACAAUCAGUUUGGUCACGUACCUCAUCGAGAGGAAGCAGCAGAAUGGACCAUACCUCGUUAUUGUUCCGCUCAGUACGCUCACCAACUGGAACCUCGAAUUCGAUAAGUGGGCGCCAUCCGUCUCCAAGAUCGUCUACAAGGGUCCUCCCAACACCCGCAAACUGCACCAGGACAGAAUCCGUCGUGGUGAUUUCCAGGUCUUGCUUACGACAUACGAGUACAUCAUAAAGGAUCGUCCGCUGCUGAGCAAGAUCAAAUGGUUCCACAUGAUCAUUGAUGAAGGACAUCGUAUGAAGAACGCUAACUCCAAGCUGAGCGCUACCAUUCAACAGUUCUACAGCACCCGAUUCCGCUUGAUCCUCACGGGUACUCCCUUGCAAAACAACCUUGCCGAACUGUGGUCCAUGCUCAACUUCGUUUUGCCGAACAUCUUCAAAUCAGCUAAGACUUUUGAUGAAUGGUUCAACACUCCUUUCGCCAACACGGGUGGGCAAGACAAGAUGGAACUCACAGAAGAAGAGCAGAUUCUCGUCAUUCGUCGUCUACACAAGGUGCUGCGGCCCUUCUUGCUGCGUCGUCUCAAAAAGGAUGUCGAAAAGGAUUUGCCGGACAAGACGGAAAAAGUCAUCAAGUGCAAGUUCUCGGCCCUGCAGCAACGUCUGUACAAGCAGAUGGUCACCCACCAAAAGAUUCUUGUCAGCGACGGCAAGGGAGGCAAGACUGGUGCUCGUGGUUUGAGCAACAUGAUCAUGCAGCUCCGCAAGCUCUGCAACCAUCCGUUUGUGUUUGACGAAGUCGAGAACCAAAUGAACCCCACCAACACCAGCAACGACUUGUUGUGGCGAACGGCCGGUAAGUUUGAGCUUUUGGACCGUGUGCUGCCCAAGUAUAAGGCAACGGGCCAUCGUGUCCUGAUGUUCUUCCAAAUGACCGCUAUUAUGGAUAUUAUGGAGGAUUUCCUCAGGUUCCGCGGCAUUCAGUACCUCCGGCUUGAUGGUACGACCAAAUCCGAGGACCGUUCCGAACUCUUGAGGCUUUUCAACGCCCCUGACUCGCCUUACUUCAUGUUCCUCCUGUCCACUCGUGCUGGUGGUUUGGGUCUCAACUUGCAGACCGCCGAUACCGUCAUCAUUUACGACUCGGAUUGGAACCCCCAUCAGGAUUUGCAGGCUCAGGAUCGUGCCCAUCGUAUCGGUCAGAAGAACGAAGUGCGUAUCUUGCGUCUUAUCAGUUCGGCCUCGGUGGAAGAAAAGAUCUUGGAGCGUGCAAGAUUCAAGCUUGACAUGGACGGAAAGGUCAUUCAGGCCGGUCGCUUCGACAACAAGUCAUCCGAAACCGAUCGUGAUGCCAUGCUCAGGACUUUGCUUGAAACGGCAGACAUGGCGGAGGUUGGCGAGCAGGAAGAGAUGGAUGACGAGGAACUCAACAUGAUUCUGGCCCGUAACGAAGACGAAUUGGUCACAUUCCAGCAGCUUGACGAUGAAAGAGCUCGCGAUCCGCUCUACGGUACGUUGCCGGGUUGCAAGGGUAUUCCUCGCCUUAUGGCUGAGAAGGAACUACCCGAUAUCUACCUUCAAGACGGCAACCCGAUUGAGGAAGAAGAAGCGGUUUCUCUCGGUCGUGGAGCUCGUGAGCGCACAAAGGUCAAAUACGACGACGGUCUCACAGAAGAGCAGUGGCUCAUGGCGGUGGACGACGACGACGAUUCGCCGGAGGCCGCUGCUGCCCGUAAGGCAGCUCGCAAGGAGCGCCGUGAGCAAAACAGGCUCAAGAAGAUGGCGAUCAUCAACAGUGCUGGAGGUUCCGUCGGCGAUAUAUCACCAUCGGUUAGUCGCGCUAGCACUGAGGAAGCGGAACCUAUCCCGACACCUAAGAAGCGUGGCCGCAAGCCUGGUAGCAAGAAUCUCGAAAAGCGCCCAAGAGAGGACGGUGAUGAUGAACCUCCUGCCGCCAAGAAGCGUCGCGGACCCGGUGGUCGGCCCAAGGCUGUAUCAAACGGGGAUGGCCGCAUCUCCGGAGAGAUGCGCACUAAGCUGCAGCAGAGCAUGAGGCGGAUCUACGAUGGACUGAUGAAUCUCGAAGUGGAGGAUGAUGCGCCCGAGGAGAACCUAGACGGCGAUAAGGACGAAGACGAAGGCCCGCCUACCAGGCUGAUCAUCGGUCCUUUCGUCAAGCUGCCACCUAAGCGUGAAUGGCCGGAUUACUACCUCAUGAUCACGAACCCGAUCUGCAUGAAGGACAUCGAGAAAAAGAUGAAGAAGGAGGAUUACCACUCGCUUUCGGAUAUGCGGAAAGACCUGGAGCUGCUGGUGACCAACUGCAGGACGUUCAACGACGACACAUCUAUGAUUUUCAUGGAUGCAAACAGGAUAGAGGCCCACUUCAAGGCUCAUUUCGAAAGAGAGCUGAACGAGCACCCCGAACUCCGCACCCUCGAGGAUCCCUCCUCGUCGUCCUUCUCCGUAGGAGGACUCUCAACAAAGGACGGCUCAGUCGCCCCCUCCACCGUUACCAACUCUACCGAGACACCUCAGCCAUCGUCGGCACCUGCCGUGCCAGCGCCAGCACCGACCCAACCGACCAGGAUCAAGCUCGUGUCUAGCUCAACGUCUUACAAUAACGCUGCUGCUUCCUCGUCUAGCGGAACGGCAUCGACAUCAGUGGUAAACAGCAUGAGCGUCAGCCAGGUGAUGAACGGCACGAGCGGGGCGGGCAGCGAAGCCGGUGAUGAGGAUUAG